AUGGAAGCUCUUAAGGAGACAUGGUUGGAGAGUUGUUUGGAGAAAGAGAUGAUGAUGAUGGCGAUCAAUAGUUGCAACCUCAAGUGGAAGUUAUGCAAACUACACUUACAUGCGGAAAAGGUUAGUGGUGUGGACUACACUGAUGUAGAGGAGAUUGGUGGUGUGAAAUACACGUGGAUCAUGGAGACUAGUUGUGUGCAUGGAGGAAUGACUAGCGACAUAGGGUCAUCAAAGGAAAGUGACAGUGGUAAAAAGGGUGUGCCUGGGAAAUGUUGUGGCUUCUAUUUGGUAUGUGACUCGUUUAGAAAGAAUGGUCAGAGCAUUUGCUGUUCUAGUUUACCACAUGUUUGUGAUUUCUUUUUGAGACUGGAAAUUGUAGGACCACCAAAGAAGUGUUCAAGAAAAAAUCAGCGACCAAUGGGUGGAGUGAUACCUGGUAAAAAAAUUCAAACCCAUGAUCCUCAUGAAGAAAAGCCUACAAAAGGGGGACCUUUUGAAGCUUUAUCUGCUAGUAAAUCUUCCUCUAUUGUCGGUUCAGGUGGUAUCCCCUGUGCUGAUGUUGAGUGUAACCUAUCUAAUGGUGAAAAAAAUGACCUGAGUAUUCAGCAAAACUUAAACUUUGAUCGUAAAAGUUUACCCUCUUCAAUUCCUACUUGGAGGGGUAAAUUCCAAAUUCUUCAAACCGCUGCACCUAGCAAAUUUUAUGAUGGGUUUGAAGCCCAACCACCAUUCGUUGUUAAUGCGAAAGCAUAUAAAUUUUCAACAGAAAUGCCAUCGGUUCUUCAACUUGAGUCACGACCUGCCUUGAAUGUCUUGACUGACAUAUUCUUAGAUGAUUCUCCUAACCUUCAGGAUAUUGCACUGUACUUCUUUCCAUCACAGCAAACUGAGAGGUCCAGAGAGAACCUGAUUAGCAUAUUGACGUUUAUGAAUGCGGAAAAAUCAAUGUUGAGAAGUUAUAUAAAUGGUGUGGAGUUGCUGAUAUUUACCCCAUAUCAACUUGACAUGAACUCAAGGGGUGUUAUUACUGCAGUAAACGCUGGACAUUUCCUGUGGGGAUUCUUUCGCAAAAAGAAAAUUGAUAAAAGAGUUGUUAGAGUACCAGACAAGGAGCCUGAUAUGGGCAUUGAUAUGGUUGGAGGAAGGGAUAUGAUGGAGAGAGCUGAUCACGUUCGACUAGUUACACCCAAAUUGGUGUCUGAUAACGAUCUGGAUGUUCCUCCUGGCUUUGAAAAAUUACCAAAAUUUCAUAAAUGA